ACAUUUUUGUUGUUCCAUGUUGUGUUAUCGAUGAUAUGAAAACCUGCUUGUGUUUUGGGUUCCUCCUGCGGCAUUGCUGGAAGAGCUUAAUGGUGUCGGAGCGAGUGGACCAGCUGAAAGGCAUUGCCUCCAAUCAGAACUCCCAAGCGCUUGCUUUGACAGAUUUGAAAGCACAACUGGAACCUUUUUGAGCAUCCCACAAGCCAAGCACUGCAGGGACUUACUCAUAAUGCCCCGUGUCACGAGGCUCCUCUUGGUCUUUGUGCUGGUCGGCGCGGCUGUCAUGUCAUCCAUCACACACUCGCCUUCUGCACGAGCCGGCCCAGUACGAGUCCUCGGUGCUGAUGUUGCGAAGAUGUCGUCAUAUUCUGCGUCCAGCCAGUAUCCGUCCCCCUCUUCUGGACGUCCAUCGAGCCAGCUGCAGAACACGAAGGGUGUUUUUCCUUCCCGUCAAAGGGACCGAGAUUACGAGGCCAUCUUGCCAGAGAGGAAGGGUCCAGCAAACGGCCUCCUCGCCAGGCAAGGAGAAAACCUCGACCGCCAAUACAGAGUGGUCGUUCUGAAAUCGGCUCCUGGCCAUCCCUUGCAUCAGAGCUCCGGACACCCUGAAAAAGAAGAAGAAGAAGAAGAAGCUCUGAGGUUUGCGGGGAUGCCCAGUGGAGACGCUCCUCAAAGGCUCGCAAGAAGAAGAGAUGACGCGGGAGGUCAAUCAGCCUGGAAAACGUCAUCCGUCGUUUGGUCGCAGCCGGGCCGAUAUGCGAGCGGGAGCCGCAAGGACGCCGACGAGCCCACCGAAGCGUUCGUGCCCAGAAGGGCCAACGUGAUUCAGCCUGGCGGAUUCCCACCGAGGGGCGUGAACGCCUCGGCGGAGAAGAACCCGGACGCCUCCCUUUUCCAACACGGUGGUCCUCAGCCGGAAAAACCGACGUCGUCCCUCGCCGAUGAUGGAAGGCGAGCGACAAAGUCGUUUCUCGUCAAGCCUUCUUUCCUCAGGCGGGAAGAUUUGGGGAAACCUUGGCAUUCCCCGUCAGUGUCCGAGAUUGAGAAGUUUGAAAGGAUUCCCAAGUACAGCAGGACGGUGUCGCCCAAGGAGAAAGACCAUGCGGUCCAUCUGCCACGAAACGCCGGUCGCUAUCCAGCCACCUUGAGAGAACAUUUUCCACCACACUUGGCAGCUCAAAGUUACAGAGAGAAACUUUGGCCCGAUGCCGUGGCCCCUCCGGCGCCUGCAACCGACACGGUGGGGGCCACCACAAGCAGAAGGCCCGCGCGCCCGACGCCCUCCGAACGCGCCGGCAGGUUACUGGGAUCAAAAAGAUCCAAGUGGCCGGCCUCCAAGGCCUUUGCCAGCAGAGGAAAAAGCUACGGGCUGAAAAUGGCAAACGUUUACCCCUCCCUCUCGUCCAAAUACAGUUUCGGCCAGAGAAAAGCUGAACCACGGACCACGGCUGCUCCGUCUGCCAUUGGAUUUCCACGGCCCCAAAACUUGGAGCGCAGGCCGCUGAAACAGCCAUCGCAUCGGCUCGAGGGCGCCAAUACCGCAGCCCGACCGUCAAACGGGUCUGCUGCUCUGCAGGUUUUCCGAGCUCUUGACCAGAACGCGCUUCAGUUUGCGAGUACCAGCCCAAUUCCAGAAAGGGCCGGGCCACGCCGAGAUGAGGUCCCGGCGUUCGGAACCGAGCGGAACGAAACGCGCUCCGAAAGGCGCUUGGCGACGGGGCCGACAGCGGCUCGCGACGGCUCGGAAGGCGCCGGGCGGAGGCUCGUCGAGGGCGGGUCGAGGCUCUUUGGCACGUCCGCCGGCAGCAGCAGCAGCAGCACGGUACGAGGCACGCGCGUGCACGCCUCCCUCCGCGGGGGGCCCGUGGCUGUCGCCGGGAACUCGCCCAUCGUCAGGCGGCCCAAGCGGCCCCAAGGUGAGCUGGCGGGAAACGCCACCGCCACUCCGACCGCUGCUGCGGCUUUACCAAAUUUGACAAAAUCAGGAGUCGGGUUCUCCGGUUCUGGAGUCCCCUUGCCCACAAGCCCCGAGACAACUCUCCAAAGUCAGAAAAACACUCAAAGAGACGAGGAAUCAAGCGCAAGUGAGGUGUUUGACGACGGGACGGACGAGACUCUCCAGGAAGAUUUGUUGGAACUGACUUACCUCCGAAUUUCCACGGGGAAUGUCUCUUUCAAGUCCAUUUAGGUUCAGGUCGGGACAAG